UUUUACCCUUUUCUUUUUAUUUUCUUCUUCUCAUGGAUUUUAUCAAAAAAUUUUAUUUUAUAAAGAUUUCAAAAUCUUCUUCAUCCAAAAAAUCAAUCUUGGACCAUCAAAGGUCAAUAUCACUAAGCAAUACGAAUAGCGAUGAAAGUCUGCUAUCUGAUUACAGUGACGAUGAACAAGCACCAGUGCUGACCUACAGACAACGAUCGAUCUUAAAGAAAUCCAGAAGAAAAACUCAACUUCAAAAGAAAAAAUCUUUGGAUACAUUGUACUUCCAGCAAAAACAAAAUGAUGAUCCAUUAGUCCAUCUGGCUAUUAAAGUACAAGAAAAGAAUGAUCACGAUGUAAAAAUUGAUCCAAGUAACAGAAAAAGUUUAUUAUCGAACAACUAUCAAGUAUCUCAAAAGACCAAAUUAAAAUUAAAUAGUAAUAACGACUACUCUACACUGUAUUCGCCGUUUACGCAAAGGCCCGAAAUCAUCGAAGAUGAUUAUAUACCAUUACCCACAGUAACACGAAACUAUAUAGAUCCGCCUCCCGACUCUAUAAUAGACUCGCUCCCGUAUCCGUUUAGGACUCGUCGACCGGUAAAACAUAAGAUCCAGCAGUAUGAGAACGCACUCCCAUCGCCGAUACCAUCUACUGAAAGACUUAUUUCAAACCCAAAGAGACACAGCAUAGGCAACGGCCAAAUGGAUAGACUUUUAUCUUCCAAUCGCAAAAAUCAUAAAACACCACACACAAACGAUUUCUGGUUAAUAACAAGACGCAAUUCCAUAUCCAUAGAAACUCAUAUCUCAAAGAAAAUGUGCCACUGAUAGCAUUAUCAUCAUCAUAAGUAACUCACACUGAGAUUAUGUUGCUCUUUUGUAACUUAAUGUCAACAAAAACCAGCAAGGGCAAGAAGUAAAAACUUGCCUCUUCCAUCAGCCACAAACAUAAUAUACCGCUGGCGGUAGGAGAAAUAUUUAUUAGCAACAAGGCAUUUAUCCAGAAUAAAGACUUGAAUUUUUCUAACAGGAUAGUUUGAACAUAGACAGUAGCAGUUUGAUCUACAAAAAGCGAUGCCUCUUCAGGAAAUCGCGACUUUUUGUAUGACAGUAAUGAAAUCCAGUUUAAUUUCUUAUUUUGCUGUCAUAAAUUAAAUUUUGAAAAAUAUCUUUUAACUAAAUCCGGUCUCGUCGCACAACCUGUAAGGAACUAUAGUUAACAAAAAUAAAAAUAUUCUUUUUAAUGAGCAAAUUUUAUUUAUAUCACCAAC